CCAAACUAUAGUGACUAUGUCUUUUGUUGACACUCUGCGGCAGUGGGAUGAGGCUGUCACUCAUGUUGACAGACAGGAUUUGUCAGGAGCACUUGAGAUUUUCCUGUCAAUCCAAGAACCAAACUCCAAAAUUAGCUUUGACAUAGGCUGUCUCCAUCUUAUUAACCAAGACCUGGAUGCUGCUGAAAAGGCAUUUGAUUGCAGCAUACGCAAGGAUGAGCAUUUGGCCAUUGCCUUUUUUCAGAGAGGAAUCACCUUUUAUAGAAAAAAGAGGUAUGAAGAGAGUUCAGGUGAUUUCCAGCAUGCCUUCAAAAAACUAAGAGGAAAUCAGCUGAUCGAUUACAAAGCACUUGGACUCAGAUACAAAUUAUAUGCAUGUGAUGUUCUCCACAAUAUGGCGUUGGCUGAGGCCCAGCUGGACAACUGGGAAAAAGCCCAAGAAUACCUUGUGAAGGCUCUCGACUGCAAGACAGAGGCCAGGCUCAACAUCAUUGAUCAAGCACUGCAGUCAACACUGAAACAGAAAACUUUCAAACUUGUGGAGUUCCCAUCAAAAGUGCUAUUUAAACCAAAUAAGCACUACGUUGCUGAACUGGAGAAGAAGGACUAUCUGGGCAAAGCGAAGGUGGUUGCCUCUGUCGUUCCUCAGGAUGACUUUUCUGGCUUUGCUCCAUUACAGCCUCAGACGGAAGAUGGUCCAACUCGUCCAAAAGAACCUGAAGUUCUCAGGGCUUUGGAGGGAGAGCCCCACACUGUUCUGUUUGAGUUUGUCCCAGAGACCAGCGAGGAGUUGGCCGUAGUGCCAGGCAACAUUGUGUUUGUGCUGCAGAAGGGAACUGAUAACUGGGCAACUGUGGUCUUCAAUGACAGAAGGGGACUGGUUCCAUACAACUACCUGGAACCUUUGGAAAUCUCAUCCAAAUCUAAACAGAACGAGGGAAUACGAAGGCCCCCAAGUCGAAAGCCACCAACCAGACCUGAGAGGAGACCAGGAAAACAAGGUCCGACUCUAAGUGAGAACCGCAAUGAAGACAGAAAACAUAAAGAUGCCCAGCCUACUGAUAAUUCAUACAUUGUCAAAGUCCAUCACACAUUCACCUUUGCCAUCUCGUUACCCCCUGAAUUUCUCUUUGACAUGCUGCUCGAGAAAAUCAGUAAGAAACUGAAUCUCCCCUCUACCGCAGUGACCUUGAGUUUAAGCUCUGAGGCUGAUGAACAAAGCGUGAUCAGUGCCAAAACAGAAAUGGAAAGUGUGUGGAGUCAUGCCAAUGGGAGGUGGAUCACGUUGUGGUGCCACACCAAGAAGCAAACUGAUGAAAAGCCGGACGAGAUCCGGUUCAUGGCACUUCAUUCCUAUGAGUCAUCAAAUCCAGAGGAUCUCAAUUUUCAUCAAGGGGAUACAAUCACACUGCUCUGUAAAGUUAACCAGGAUUGGUUGGAAGGACAGUGUAAUGGACACAUUGGUAUAUUCCCUGCAUCCUUUGUGGAGGAAGUUCCUGUGAAUGUCACUGAUAAACAAAAGUGAUUGCACAAUUCAGUAGGUGAAACGGAAAAAGAAACUGGUUAGGUACUCCGACCACAGCCACAAUUUUGACUAUUUAUUGAAGUAACAUAGUGCAGAAUUGUAGUGACAAUGGCAGUUAAAUAAUCAUAUGAAGACCAUGUGGAUUCCUGGUAAAUUAUCAUGAAGAUGUUCCUUCCUCUUCAUAGGCGAUAGCUAUUCCUCUCCUGCCCUUUACUGCUUUCACCACAGGAGUCUCUCCCAACUUCUGCUCUAGGCCACGCCAGCUUCGUUCUGCCAGAAAAGAUGCUGAAAAGAGAAAGCUAAAUGUGUAACUGUAAUUCAAGGCAUUUGCAUACAUCCACUUCUGCGUAUCUAUGGCUACAGUCUGUAACAGUUACUGUUUGUGUCGUCAAUUCUUCAAUAAACAUGAAAAAAAAGCACAA